AUGUCGAGCGACAGUGGGCGGCGGGCGCGGGAGCGGUGUUGGAGAGAUCAGGAGGCGGACGACGCGCUGCCUCUCGGCGCCCCGAGCGGGUGCGCGAUUUCAGUCGUCAAGGGCGAGGACGAGGAUGAGGACGAUGGAGAUUUCGUCGCGCGCGUCAUCGUGAGGUACAGAGAAGAGCACGAACUCGAGCGAGCGAUGUUGGACGUCGUGCUCAGGCUUCACGACGUGGAGGCGUCCGCGAGUUUGUGCGCGGGGAGCACGCCGAGCAAGCGCGACGCCGAUCGAGGAAACAGAGAAGACGCCGAGGCGAUCGAGGAGCUCGCGAGUGUUCUCGGUGCGAGUCCAGAGGAUGCGGCGGAGCAAUUGCGUAGGUGCAACGAGCGCGGGGAGCCGUUCAUUCCGAUUCGUUUUCGAGAGUUACUCGGCUGCGAGCGCGUGUACGAGGUGCGAUCGAAAUCGCAUCGCGCAGCACUCACGACGAUUCGAAUCUUCCUUCUGCGAGUCGCGACCGCGGGCCCAUGGACUCAUCAUGGCGUCAUUGACGGUCCAGUUAUAGUCGAGCUUCCGCUAAAGUACGAUGUGACGUUGAUCGAUACGCCUGGAAUCGACGACUCAAUCGUCGCUCGAUCGCGGAAGCUUUUGCGCAAUUCAAUCGGCGCCGGCGCCGAGUACAAGAUCGGCAUGUUUGUAUUCAUCUCAGACAAUCUGCCGCCCAAAGAGGCGAUUUGGAGCGCAUUGAAAGAGAUCGGGACGCUGGACAAGAUCUUCACGGAGGGAUGCCGCUUGUGUCUGUGCUGGCCUGUUGAGCGACUGAUCGAAUCUCGUCGGCCAGACGGAUUCGUGACGAAUUUACAAAUAAAAAAUUUCACCAACCGCACGCUGAAAACACUGAAUAUGGAUCGAAAUCACUGGUUAAAGCGAUUCGAUACGUUUUCGAAGGAAUCGAAACUUCAUCUAUGGGGAGGCUUACUGCUAGGUAUGUCACUCGCAUUCGUCCGAACGUUAGAAAAGAACAGUCCUCUCGAUUCGCGAGGCGCGAACAAGGACGAUGAGCAGUACUCCAUGUAUCGCCUCGCGUACGCCGUAAAGAGGCAAGUGAAUCCUCCACCAAACGAUGAGAACAGUAAUGGCCUAAUAAAGCCAGAACCGAUAUAUGCGAGGCCCGAUUCUGAGCUGGAACCUCGCAACGUAGAGCCGGCGACUAAGGCGAAAGCGAUGUCGGAAGCGCCGCUACCGCGAGAGAUAUCGUCGCCCAAGCUCGUGACGCGGCCGAAGAAGCGUCCUCGUGAAUGUACUAUUGCCGACCCGUUCGCUUUCACUGAAAACGACGGCGCAGAUUAUCCAGAAGACGCCGAAACGCCGCCGCUCUUUGAUAAGCCCGCCGCCAAAACGGCUUCACGGGCUCCGCUCAGGAAUGCUGCCAACGCGCCUUCACGCACGACAGGAACAGCCAAGCGCGCGAAGAAGCAAGAGAAGAGCGUUCCGAAAGCACCGCUUACCCUUCGCACCGUCCAAGCAUCGACAAAACCCUCGCCAGAUCUCUCGGCGACGGCUUCGUCAAAGCCGGUUCCGAGCGCGCCUCAACCGUCGCCCGACGACGACAAGUCCUCGCCGGUACGGGCGCGUCGCCUUCGCCAACGCUCCGAGCUUCAGUCCCCGUGGUGGGAGGUGAAAACGUUCACCUGGGAGGGCUCCAAACGCGUCCAGAGAUGA